AUGGGACUACCACAGUUUUUCACACACUCUGCCCUGCACCCAUCUUUCAAGGACGAUAUCCUCGAUACCCACCUGGUAUACGACUACGACGCCGCAGACGAGAACGGCAACCCUGAGAAAUGGCGUUAUGAGUUCUGGUUCUUCUCGGAGAACCGCGUCAUCUACUCGAUCCACGGCGGCCCUAUGAAGGGUAGACUGAACUAUCAGACCUGUGCCUACCAGUGUGUCAGACCAGGCGAGAUAUGGCAGUGCAACUUCUUGGAGGAAACCGGGACGUUCGUGUCUCUGAUCUACGACAUUCCGAACAAGAGAAUCAGCACUGGAGCGGCUUUCUCAAAGGGCCACUGGGAACAACCGCAGGAUGCACACGGAGACAAGCGCAAUCCUGAGGACCUGGAGAGGUGGAGGGCACUGUCGAAGCUGGGGACACAGACCGAGAGGCUGGUACUCGCGGAGCAGGCCAGCAUCCUCGAGGUCUUCAAGGGUGCUGGUCAACUCCAGCCCAUCGCGAAGGAUGCGCCGACAUUUUGA